AUGUCGAAGACCCUGGAAUCAGCAGCGUCGCUGCCAGUGACCCCGCCGCCUGACGUCGCGCCGCCCAAGAAGAAGCAGCCGUACCCGUUCUGGCUCGGAGGUGCCGCUGCGACAAUCGCUGCAUCCAUAACACACCCGCUGGACUUGACGAAGGUGCGGUUGCAGGCGACGGAGGACAAGAGGAUGAUCGAGUCCAUACGCAAGACCGUGCGCACAGCUGGCGUGCGGGGGCUCUUCGACGGCAUUACGGGAACAUGGCUCCGCCAGAUGUCAUACUCGGUAUGCCGCUUCUGGGCGUACGACGAGGCAAAGAAGAUCGUAGGGGCAGGUCCGAAUGCACCGGCAUGGAAGUUAGCGCUUGCGGGCAGCAUGGCGGGUGGCAUCGCGGGGCUCGUCGGCAACCCCGGAGAGAUUAUUAUGGUCCGACUCCAAGGUGACCUGGCCAAGCCGCCAGAGAAGCAGCUAGGGUACAAGAAUGCCGUUGAUGGGCUCAUCCGCAUGGUACGCGAGGAGGGUUGGUCGUCUCUGGGACGUGGAGUUGGCCCGAACAUAUUCCGUGCCAUAUUGAUGAACGCGAGUCAACUGGCGUCGUACGAUUUCUUCAAGGCUGAGCUACUCAAGACUAGUUACUUCGAAGAUAACAUCAACGUCCAUGUGACAGCGAGCUUUGCUGCUGGCACGGUAGCAACCACGGUCUGCUCACCAGCUGAUGUCAUCAAGAGUCGGAUUAUGAGCGCCUCAGGCAAAGACGGUUCUUCGACCCUGCAAGUCAUCAAGACGUCGCUAAAGAACGAAGGCCCGAUGUUCAUGUUCAGAGGCUGGCUUCCUGCAUGGACCCGUCUGCAGCCGACGACAAUCCUGAUUUUCGUCACGCUCGAGCAGCUGAAGAACCUUGUGGAUUAUACCCGGUCGCUUCGUGGGCAGUAG